AACGCGCAGACACCUCGUCGUGCCUGUUUGUCUGUUUCUGCGUGGAAAACACCCACACUGUUUCUUUCCAUCCACUACCUCGUGGUUUUGUGUAUUAAAUAUUAAGUAUUAAAUAGUAGAACAAGUGGUGUGUUAGGCAUGACCUGCCUCUUGUGACAAAGCUGCGACAUUUAAAGAUAAUCUAUUUUACUUUUUCAUAACGUUACUGUCCCGUUGACAUCCAAUGGGAGGGACUAAACUGAAGUGUCCAUCACCUACGGGAAUACAGUUUGGUCCUAAGACACUGGCUGCCGGAGUACGAUGGAACAUUUUAGCCUGAAUGUAUAUUUUACCUCCUUGUCCCGCGUGUGGAAUAGCUGUGUGUGCCCAGCCGGGAUAUUUUAACUGACAGGCAGCUGGCACUUGCAACAACAGUGCGAUGGACAGUCCAGAGGAUGUGAUCGAGCCAGUGGCUCAAAGCUCGACAACCCAUAACCUGACCAGAAGGCGCUUUUCACAUGACUACAACAAUCUGAGUCCAGACGAGAUAGACGGCCUCAUGUCCAGCAGUGAGGGUCGUCCUUUCCUUGUGGUGCAUCGUCUUCCUGAAAUAAAAGAGGAGCGUAUACCUCACUUAAUGCCUGGUACCCCCAUUACAUGCAGAGUGGACAACACAGAAAAAUACACUACUCGCUCAAAGGUCCAUGUAGGCACUCUGUACACAGUGCGGCUAACGCAUGGCCACUUCCACUGGACAGUGAAGAGGAAGUACAAGCACUUCCAGGAGCUGCACAGAGACCUUUACAAGCACAAGAUGGUGUGUCACUUGCUGCCUCUGGGAAGGUUUGCAAAGGAGAGGCAGCAGCUGAGAGCCAUGACAGAGGAAAUGCCUAGCCUACACGGGAAUGAACGAACCAGAAGGACCUCCAGCAAAAUGAAAUACCUUGAGGACUACCUGAAUGGUCUGCUGGAGAACGUAUUCUGUAGGAAUGAUCAGAGCAUGCUGGAAUUCCUCUCCGUUGGUGCUCUCUCCUUCGUCACUGAUCUUGGACCCAAAGGCUUGGAGGGACCCAUCUUCAAAAGGUCGGGGGGCCACCGGAUCCAAGGCCUGAACUGCAUUGGCCAUCAUCAGUUCUGUUUCCGCUGGUCACGGCGCUGGCUGGUGGUAAAAGACUCCUUCCUGAUGUAUAUGAACCGAGACAAUGGCAUCAUCAACUUUGUGUUGCUGUUUGACCCAGAGUUCAAAGUGAAAGUGGGUACUGCUUACACAGACAAUAAAUAUGGAGUCUGCAUUGAGAACUUCACCCGGAGUCUGAUCAUCAAAUGCAGCAGCUAUAGACAAACCCAAUGGUGGAGUCAUGAAAUCAACCAGCUGGCAGAUUCCUGUGACUUUCUCAAAGUGCAACGCUUCAUGGGGUUUGCACCACCACGGGAGAACACACUCACAAAAUGGUACGUGAAUGGAAGGGGUUACUUUGCAGACCUGGCUGAUGCUCUCGAACAAGCCACGGAGGAAAUCUUCAUCACAGAUUGGUGGCUCAGUCCUGAAGUGUUCCUAAAGAGACCAGCAACUGAUAACUACUGGCGCCUGGAUGAGAUACUCAAACGCAAAGCAAAACAGGGAGUCAAAGUGUGUGUUCUGCUGUACAAAGAGGUGGAGCUAGCACUCGGCAUCAAUAGUGAGCACAGCAAGAGGACUCUUAUGAAUAUGCACCCAAACAUCAAGGUGAUGCGACAUCCUGACCACGUGUCGUCUGUGGUGUUCCUGUGGGCUCACCAUGAAAAGAUGGUAGCCAUUGACCAAACAGUAGCCUUUGUGGGGGGGCUUGACCUCGCUUUUGGGAGGUGGGAUGACAGCCAGUACCAGUUAACUGACCUGGGUUUGACAGAGAUGGCCAACGGUGCAACCACGGAGGAGCCCAAAGGAGAUACAGGGGAUAAUGGUGUGGCUGAUGGUCUAAAACCAUCUGAACCAAAUAAGCAAGCAGAGCAGGGCCCUAAUGAUCUGACUCACAACACUAAACUGUGGCUUGGCAAAGACUACAACAACUUUAUCCGGAAAGACUGGGCCCAACUGGACAAACCGUUUGAAGAUAACAUCGACCGUACUCAAGUUCCUCGCAUGCCGUGGCGUGAUCUGUCUGCAGCUGUUCAUGGGAGGGCUGCCAGGGAUGUAGCCCGCCACUUCAUCCAGCGCUGGAACUUCACCAAGAUCUUCAAAAACAAGUACAAGGACGAGUUCUACCCUUACCUUCUUCCCAAGUCUCACUGUACCGCUGACUCGCUCUCAUUCACUGUGACUGAGUCCAAGAAGGCCAAAGUGCAGGUGCUGCGCUCUGCCGAUCGUUGGUCUACUGGAACCUGUGAGAACUCGAUCCUCAAUGCCUACAUCCACACCAUCGAGAACAGCGAGCACUACAUCUACAUUGAGAACCAGUUCUUCAUCAGCUGUGCCGAUGGGAAGACCGUCCAUAAUGGGAUCGGCGAUGCAAUUGUAAAGCGAAUCCUGCGUGCACACAGAGAGCAGAAGAAAUACAGAGUGUUUGUGGUGAUUCCCCUGCUUCCUGGAUUUGAGGGAGACAUCAGUACAGGAGGUGGAAAUGCCAUCCAAGCUAUUCUGCACUUCACUUACAGGACCAUAUGCCGAGGGGAGUACUCCAUCCUGUCAAGACUUAAUGAAGUGAAGGACCAGUGGACGGAGUACAUCACACUCUGUGGCCUGAGAACACAUUCCCAGCUCUCCCAGUCAGUUGUCACAGAGCUCAUCUAUGUUCACAGCAAGACUCUCAUCGCUGAUGACCGCUGCUAUAUAAUUGGAUCGGCCAACAUCAAUGACCGCAGCAUGCUGGGCAGUAGAGACAGUGAGAUGGCAGUGUUUGUGGAAGAUGAAGAGCGGGUCCCAUCCAUCAUGGGAGGGGAGGAGUACCAGGCGGGACCCCUCACACUCGCUCUGCGCAAAGAGUGUUUCAGUGUUCUUGUUGGAGCUUCUUCAGACCCCAGUAUCAAUAUUGAUGAUCCAAUCAGCGAUGAUUUCUUCUUCUUGGUCUGGAAUGCAACUGCUAAACUGAAUGCCACAAUUUAUGACAAGGUCUUUAAAUGCCUGCCCUACAACACUGUCCACAACAUGCGAGGGCUGAAGGAGUACUCCAGCGAGGAACGCCUCUGCGACACAGACCCUGAGCAGGCUGUAGAGGAGCUGAAGGCCGUCCGAGGGCUGCUGGUCCACUUCCCCCUGAAGUUCCUGUGUGAGGAGAACCUGCUGCCUCCACUGGCCACUAAAGAAGGCAUGGCUCCUGUAGAGCUGUGGACAUAACCGCAGCUGAGCCCAUAUCAGACUGCUACGUAACAGCUGAAAGGGCUGCUGUACCACAUGCUCCUACUUGUAGUUCCAGUGCACCUAGUGUUCAGCACAGUACACUAGCACUUCAGCGGUGAGGAAAAGACAUCACCAUAACACAAUUUAUUUGUUAAUCUUUGCAUUUUAUCUUGUCUUUUUGACUAACGAUGGACUAAUCUGAACAUAACCACUGACAUGUAGAUGAUGUACUGACAUGUAUGAUAGUUUUAUAUAAUUAUUAACCUAUACUCGCCAGUUUGUUCAUGAAGGCAGUGUCUGCUUCAUUACUCCUACAGUACAAUCUGAACAACAGGGCUAGCGAUGGUGCAAAACACACAUAAAUGAAUGUAUGAGUCAGGAGAGGAUUGCAAGGUUGUAUUGGAAAUCAAGUAUAUCACAUGAUCUGGGAACAUAGUGUACAGUUAUUGGUGCAAGGUUUUUGGGUGGGUGGGUGUCUCUCUCUCUCUCUCUCUCUCUCUCUCUCUCUCUCUCUCUCUCUCUCUCUCUCUCUCUCUCUCUCUCUCUCUCUCUCUCUCUCUCUCUCUCUCUCUCUCUCUCUCACGCACACACACACUCUCACUCUCUUCCUCUGAGGCUUCACCUCUCGCUGCAGUGCCAGCAAAUCUGUCAGAACAUUUGUGGUUGUUAUGGUGACGAAUAUAAAGAGAUGACUGGAUCGUAGCUGAAAGAAAGACUGAAUAGGGCAGAAAAGGAGAGCACUGAUAGGGGGGAUAACGUACUAAAUCAGGAUGGUGUACCAGAAAAUAGUAGGUAAUAAUGUUGAAAGAGGACUGACCAUUUCUGUGGAAGCAAAGUUAUUUUAAUAGUUUUGGAUAAAUGAUGUAGGGAAUGAAAUGAGGGCAAGAUAAUUAAAGGGUGCUACGUGA